UGAAACAAAUAGCUUCUGGAUGAAAGUGUUUGUCUGCCUCCCACACAGUGUCUCUGCUGGUGAUGGCUGAUUACCCACCGAUGUGAAUGACAUUAUGAAAUAAAGAGGCAGGUUGAGGAGAUGGAUCGAGAAAUAGAGGAGUAGUAAGUGUAAGGGGUGGGGGUUGGGCAUUUGUGAUUAGCCUUGAGUUGAUCCCUCGGGAGCAGAUGGUGAAUGAUGGCUUACACAGAUGCCUGGGAUCUCAGGAGGUAACAGAAGUGCAUGUCCACGUUGGAGUAACACUGAAGUUGAGGAAGACGUAGAAAGACGGCUCAUGAGACAGGUGAGGAACAUUUCUAUGUCCAAGAUAAGGCAAUUAUUGCAUAGUUAAGUUCAUGCUUAUAGACUGGAAAUAUUGUAAAUAGUUGGAGUCCUCUUCUGGAAGUCCAGGUUGGUUGAGACUGUAGUACUCAUCACAAGAUACAUGCUUCAUUCACCUGUACCUAAUGAACUUUUGUAAGUUUUUGGCCUCAUUUUUCCUCAAACAGGAAAACAAACAGAAAAGCAUCUGAAGUUUCUUAUAAAGUCCAAUUUAAAUUAAUAUUACACAAAUAAAAGAUUGGUACUUUCAGAAUAAGAGCCCGCUGUAGAGUGUAAACAGUGUUAGUUAAGAGUGAAGCUAGUUUGUAAAUGAAAGUUUUCUCUAAGAGAGAUGUAAUAAACUAUUGUAGCACGUUGUGCAGAGUUUUUAGAUGGGUAUUUUGGCCUCGUGUGAAGUCUAACUUCAAGCUUCAUUCAUGCAGACAGAUCCCAACUGAACGUGACAUCAUGUUGCUGAGCAUUGCUGCUGCUGUGCUGCUGCUUUGUGUGCAGUGUUUGCAUGGCUCUGCUCUUCCUGCUGUGUCCUCCUAUGAGUUCACUGCCUAUAGGAUGCAACAGUACAACUUGGCACAGCAGAAGCAUGGUUGUCGUGGAGCCAUUGUUGUUGCGGAGGCUCGCUCAGCAGACGAGCCAUCACUAACCCGCCGCUGUGUUAUCAUGAAGGUGUCAGACUUCACCACAGAAAGAUACUUUGAGGCCCAGAGACAAAAUGCUGCUGCUGUACUGAUCCUUCUGCCCAAAAAUAUCUCUGGUGUCUCUCAUGAAACAAUACAGUCCUUUAUGGUGAGUGAGAGCGAGGCCUUGCAGAAAGAAACUCUGAUGCCAGUGUAUGUCGCACCCGAGGACGAACAGCUGCUUUACAUGUACGAGGAGGUCAAGCAGGCUGCAGCUACACGGACCUCAUCCAUAUUUGUCAGAGUGCUCCGAAGUAUGAUCACAGCUACAGCUUUUCAGAUCUUAGUGAGCAACAACGUCGCUAUUAAGGCUGUCACUGACAAUUCUAUGGUCACACUGGAGGGAGUACUUCCUGGAGUAGGCGAAGACAUACCCACCAUCGUCAUCACAGCCCACUAUGACUCCUAUGGACUGGCUCCAUGGUUGUCAUAUGGAGCAGACUCUAAUGGCAGUGGAGUCACCAUCCUGCUGGAGCUGGCACGUCUCUUCCAGAAACUUUACAGCAGCUCCAGCACCAGACCUCAAUAUCAUUUAAUGUUCUCUUUGACCGGAGGAGGAAAAUACAACUUCCAGGGCACAAAGAGAUGGAUCGAAGAGAAUCUGGACCACGCUGAGUCCAGCCUGCUCCACGACAAUGUGGCAUUCGUUCUGUGUUUGGACACACUAGCCAACGGGGAUGAACUGUACAUGCAUGUGUCUCGUCCUCCUAAGCCUGACACUCCCAUGCACUCUUUCAUUCAGCAUCUGGAGGAGGUGGUUUCCUCCAGAUUUCCCUGGGUGAAGGUGGGAUUGGUUCAUAAGAAGAUCAAUCUCGUGGAGUCGACAGUAGCCUGGGAGCAUGAGCGCUACAGCCUACGAAGGAUCCUGGCCUUCACUCUUUCACAUCUGGAAGAUCCCAAAUCUGAGCUCCGUGGCUCUAUACUGGACACGAUGUCACAAGUGGAUUUCAGAAAACUUAAACGGAAUGGAAUCAUCAUAGCAGAAGCACUGGCGCGGUACAUGUACAAUCUGUCUGACAAGGGUUCACCAAAGGAUGUGCAGGUUUUCAAGGGCCAGCUGGACUUUCAGGACAGUCGCAUUUCUAGUUUGAUGUCUUUCUUGACGUCCAUCCCUCGAGCCACCCAGCUGCUGGAUAAAGAACCCAGUCACAUCCUGCUGGUCAAUUCACUGGAGCACGAAUUCAAACGUUACCUGCAGCAAGUUUACAGACACACCUUCCGACAGGACAAGAGGGACCCAGAAAUUACUUUCUUUGAUCAAAUGAACCAGCCAGUAGUGAUGUACAGAGUGAAACCUGCUGCCUUUGAUCUGUUCCUGGGUGGCUGCAUUGCUGCUUAUUUGGGGAUUGUUUACUAUGGAAUCCAGAAUUUCGGUUUUCUCUACACAAAACUGAAAGCAGCGGUGAAAUCCAAGCACCAGUAAAUACUCUGAGACUAUGAAUGCUGAGUCUAUGACAAGGACUUUGAAGUGUGCUCUGAGCAAGUUGGAUGUUUGCUUCGCUGGCUGUGUGAAGAACAUGAAAGCAAAGCGACAUGAAUCUCCUCAGAAUGGUCAUAUGCAUAACCUUAAAAGUGCACGUUCGCUUUGAAAUGCAUAUUAUUUUAAAGUUGUUUGUACCUUUCAUUAUACAGAAUGCUGUCAAACUGUGCAAAAUUACUUUCAUGAAUAGACUUCGAAGUUGUUUGUACACAAAAUUAAUAAAGAAGGCGUUUGUAUCAAAGC